GAGCGCUGGUCACGUGACCGCGGGGUAGAUGAUAAAUAUUGGCGGGAAGACGGGGUGUCGGUUUUCACUUUCACUGCUGACGGACGGACGAAGACACGGUCAAGAUGUCGGACGACGGAGCGAGAGCGAGCGACUCCCUGACUAAGGAACAGGUGGAAGAGCUGCAGAUGGCGUUCUCCAUUUUUGACCGUGACGGUUCCGGCGAGAUCAGCACACAGAACCUGGGGACCAUCCUGAAACAGUGCGGACUGAACCCCAGUCGUGACGAGCUGGACGCCAUCAUGGCGGAGGCUGACGAGGACGGAAGCGGCACGAUGGAUUUUGACGAGUUUCUGGAGCUGAUGGCGAAACAGAUGCACCAGGACCAGUACGAGGUGGACGAGCGCGAGGUUCGCGCCGCCUUCAGGAUCUUCGACAAGGACAACGACGGCUUCAUCAGCAUCGAGGAACUGAGGACCAUGGCUGAUGCGUGUGGAGAGCACCUGAGUGAAGACGAACUGAAGGACCUGCUAGAUGAUGGAGACGGAGACAGGGACGGGAGGCUCGACUAUGAAGAGUUUAAGGAUUAUCUUGCGUCCCUUCAAAUCAAGUGGUGAAGAAGUGAAGACCGCUGAUCCUGUCCAGCUCAAACAACACGUCACACAAAUCCGGAAACAGGAUGAUAUGCACAACCACAGCCAACUUUGUACAAUAAUAAUCAUUUCAAUAUCUAGAUUCUGAUUUAUAUCCAGUUUACAAUCUUCUUUCGCAACGAGAAAUACAAGGCAUUACAAGGCAGUAACGUUAUAUGUUUUGAAAAUAUCACACAACUGAAAUGUUUGUUUUUUCUACACUACACACUGCGCCACCACCAAUCAAGAACCUCUCCACUGUAUAUGAGUGUUUUAUAUAGCAUCUAGUUUGAUGAGAGAAACUGAUUUAUAGUUGUGGAAGUUUGUAAGACCUUCUGGGACGCUAGAAGGAGGUAAACUUCUCUAAAACAUACUUUGUUCUGUCUCGUCCUAUUUUUACCGUAUGUCUGAUUACAUCAUAUUGUGAAUAAAGGAUGGGCGACGUUAAAGUCUGCCCAUGGCACAAAACAA